CUUGUUCAUCCCUCCCAAGAGUCUAUCUGCCAUGGCGAUUCCUGGAGCAUAUGCUCAUGCCGUGCAAGCUUUAGCUACUGGUAUCUUAUUUGUGGUUGUGAGUCUUGUACUGGAUCAUGUUGAAGGAAGGCAUCACAAGUGUCCUUCUUUCUCUUGCGGCCAUCUUAAGGGUGUAUCGGCUCCAUUCCGUCGGGCAGCUGAUCCACCUGGGUGCGGCAGCAAAUCUUACGAGCUGGUCUGCAGUGAUACCAAUGCUACAAUUCUCAUUGACAAUGCAACAUACCAUGUGAAUGAAAUCAACUACGACUACAGACGCUUUUGGGUCGUCGACGCCAACAUAGCCGGUAGCACUUGCCCUCUUCCGCAGUGGAAUCAUCUUCUUGAUCAGUACAAGCGCAAAGUCUCAGGCCACAGGAUUGAGAUCGAGUUGGCUCCUGGUGCAUAUAAUCAUGCUUACUUUGUUAGAUGCUCACGGGAGGUGAAGGACAAUGGUAUAUACAGGCCUGUCACUUGCGCAAGCUCCAACUAUUCUUUUAUCUAUGUGUUAUUAUCAAGUGAUUCAGACAACCCUGGUUACAUCGAAAGCCUGGAGCCUUCUUGUGGAUACCUGGCCAUGACUCUUCUGGGUGAUUGGAGCACGACAGUGCCUAGGAAUGCGAGCUAUGAAGAUGUCAAAAAGUUCAUGAGGGAAGGAUUCGCCAUUAGAUUUCCGCGCAUAUAUGGGGCCGGGAGUAUCAACGAGUGCCUAAUGGAUUCGAUAAGCGAAUUGCGCAAUGGAAUAGAACCAAGGUCUAGUACAGGCACUGCCAUCAGUGAUCGGCUUAUUGUCAUCUCUAUUAUUGACCUCCAUUUCUGGUUCUGCUUGAUUGGAUAUCCAUCAGGCAUCCUAAUAGCAUUUGGCAUGUGGAUUGUCAAGUGCAUAGCUGUGCUAUGCAGGUUCGUGUUGGUGCCGCUAGCGAUAUUGACCUUCCUUGCCCACAAGUAUUGGAAAACAAGGUUAGCAAUUGAUGCAGUUGAGAAGUUCCUACAGAUGCAGCAGGUUCUGGGUCCGACGAGGUACGCGUACACAGAUCUCACUGCAGUUACAAGCCAUUUCAGAGAUAAGCUAGGGCAAGGAGGCUAUGGAUCUGUAUAUAAAGGUGUGCUACUCUCCGGGGAUGUCCAUGUUGCCGUGAAGAUGUUGAAUGGCGCCUCCACCUACGAUGGGGAAGAGUUCAUCAGUGAGGUAUCUACAAUUGGUAGGAUCCACCAUGUUAACGUUGUGCGUCUAGUGGGGUUCUGCUCCGAAGAAUUGAGAAGGGCCCUUGUUUACGAAUACAUGCCUCAAGGAUCUCUAGAUAAGUACAUCUUUUCAUCCGAGAGAAGUUUCUCGUGGGACAAGCUUAAUGAGAUUGCUAUAGGCAUUGCUAGGGGGAUCAACUACCUGCACCAAGGGUGUGAUAUGCAGAUUUUGCACUUUGACAUUAAGCCGCACAACAUCCUUCUUGAUGAUAACUUUGUUCCAAAGGUCGCAGAUUUUGGCCUCGCUAAAUUGUACCCGAGGAACAAAAGUUUUGUAUCAGACAGGGCAUUACGAGGAACAGUGGGUUAUAUAGCUCCAGAGAUGGUGUCGCGAAGCUUUGGCGUCAUAUCUAGCAAGUGUGAUGUUUAUAGCUUUGGAAUGCUGCUACUUGAGAUGGCUGGAGGAAGAAGAAACGCUGAUCCAAAUACAAAUCCAAAUGCAAGUCAGUCAUACUACCCAUCAUGGGUGUAUGGGCAGCUAACAGGUGAACAAGUUGGUGAGACAUCAGGUGCUGCUGACAUGCAUGAGCUGCAGAAGAAGCUGUGCCUUGUUGGAUUAUGGUGUAUUCAGAUGAAAUCACACGAUCGGCCGACAAUGAGCGAGACCAUAGAGAUGCUCGAAGGGGAUGUCAAUGCGCUGCAAGUGCCUCCUAGGCCAUUCUUUUGUGAUGGGGAUUUUAUGCCUAAUGUGAUGGAUUCAUACCUUCAUUCCUCAGAGCUGACUGCCAUCUCGGAGGACGAUGGCGCAAUUGAAUUCGCUAGUAACUAGGUUAUAAUCGAAGUGUUCAUUUGCUAUUUUGCUGUGUGGUGAUCCUGGGAUGUCUUUGUCUGUUUUUCUGAGAACGGUGCUUGGGGCUGUGUAGGAAAUCUGUAGGUCUAUGAGGAAACAUUGCUUGGUCCUAUCCUGCACGUGUUUUGUGCCUGUAAGACUUACGGUGCCUAGCUCUUGUGAAGGGUGGGAUGGCACCUGACACAAUCUAGAUAGCUGGUCAAAGUAAAAAAGAAGAAGAAGAAAAGUGAGGCCAAGAACUGAGAUUAGCUCUGCUUUGUUUUUUUUUUCUCUUUCUUGUCUGUAAGGUUUACAUUUCUAUUAAUGGAAAUAGGUGCAAGAAAGCUAGAUAGCUGUUACUAUAUCAGAACAUUGAUCUUAUAUAGUUUUUUUUAAGACCUAUGUUAAGCUUUA